AUCACUCUGCGGAGAAACAAAGAUGGCGGCGCAUUGAGAGUCCGCCGCUCAAGUAAACCAAAGCUCCUUCUUUAGAGAAUUUCUUCAACAUUAUUCGGUGCUGUGAACCUGUAAACGACUCGUUCGGCACCGAAUACACUACACUACAGACGGAGCCUGCACGGGAACUCAGAGUAAGCACUGAAGGGAUAAAAUGGCGACAGGUGGAGCUCCAUUUGAUGACGAACAAGAGCUGCACAACUGGACCAUCAGCAACGGCAGCCUGGAUGACCGGCUCAAUAACAUGGACUGGGGCGUUCAGCAGAAGAAGGCGAACCGGUCAUCAGAGAAGAACAGGAAGAAGCUCUCGGCUGUGUCCGAGAGCCGCCUGACCAACGACAUCUCUCCGGAGUCGACUCCGGGGGCGGGGCGCAGGCGAGCGAGAACACCGCACUCGUUCCCUCACGUGAAGUACACUACACAGAUGUCGGUUCCCGAUCAGGCCGAGCUCGACCGGCUGCGGCAGCGCAUCAACUUCACCGACCUGGACGAGAGGAGCAUCGGAAGCGACUCUCAGGGCCGCGUGACCGCAGCCAACAACCAGCGGCAGCUUUCCUCCGAGCCGCGGAAACCCUUCAACACCUUCCUUCCGCUACACGUCAACACUAACAAGAGCAGAGAGUCUUCUGUUUCUGCUUCACCGGCCACCACUACAGGGGGUAAAGAGGCCAAAAAGCAGAGCCCGGGGAAGGAUCUGUUUGCCCCAGUGCCCGUCGUACCCGUUGCACCCGUCACACCCGUCAUGCCUGCUAAAGAGCCUCACGGAGCAGAGAGAACCUCAGGAGGCCCUCUGGUGGACAGAACGGGAGAACUGGGUGUUGACAGCAGCCAGGUGGUCAGUAAGCUGGUGCAGAUCCGCGAGUACAUCAGCAGAGCCAGCUCUAUGAGGGACGACCUGCUGGAGAAAAACGACGUUCCGGCUAACGUCGAGCGCCUCUCUCACCUCAUCACACACCUGAAGGAGCAGGAGAAGUCUUACUUGCGCUUUUUGCAAAAGAUGCUGACGAGAGAGAACGAGGAGGAGGAGGACGAGGAGGAUGAAGGUGCCACGGUGGACUCGGCGGUGUGUUCCGGCUCCAUGGCCGAGAGCGCGUCUUUGAACCUAGAGCCUCGGCCAGAAGCCGCAGACCCCACCUGUUACCGGGUCGACGGUCAGCAGCAGCAGAAGGAGGAGUUGGAGAACCUGCGCAAGCAGCACGACCUCCUGCAGAAGAUGCUGCAACAGCAGGAGGAGCUACGAGAGCUACAGAACCGCCAGGCCGCCCUGCUGACUAUGCAGAACCGAGCCGAACACGCCAUGGACGACACCGUUGUAACAGAGACUACAGGAAGUGUAUCCGGUGUCAGCAUCACUUCAGAACUCAAUGAUGAACUCAACGAUCUCAUACGACGCUUCCACAACCAGUUGCAUGACUCUCAGUCUCAGGCGGUUCCUGAUAACCGGCGUCAGGCUGAGAGUCUGUCCCUGUCUCGAGAGGUGUCCCUAUCUCGCUCUACCCAUAGUCCUCGGGGGCAGCAAACCCUUGGCGCAGCCGCUGCCGGUGCUUCUGCCUCCCCUGCCAGCGCCAAGCUCACCAAACUGCAGGAGCUCCAGGACAAGAAGCAGACGAUGGACAAAAUCCUGCAGGAGCUUCAUUCGCUCCGGGACCAGACACUAAACAACACCUCGUGCCGGGGUGCAUCUCCGCGUGUUUCUGAGCGUCCCUCGACGUCAAGUCGAGAGGGGAACGGCGCCGCUUCUGUCGCAAGACAGGAUUCUUCAUCUUACGACGAUGGAGGAAAUCCGGCUGAAAAACUGCGGAAGCUGAAGGAGGUGCACAAGCGGCUGAACGAGCUGAGAGAACUGGUGCAGUACUACGAGCAGACGUCUGACAUGAUGGUGGACACGGUGAACGAGAACGUGAACGACGAUGAGGAAGACGAGACGGAGGACGGGUCGCUCUUCGAGACCAUUUUCGAUUCGGAGCAAGAGAACCGAGAACCCGUUACCAACAUCAGAAACCCUGCUCAGCCUCAGUCUACAUCCAACUGGAUGGAUAUGAACACCCUGACAAAUGCCUGCAGCAGCUCCAACAACCGAGUCAGCCGGCUGAACUCUCAGUGCGAGGUCAACAACCGCUCGGCCGCUAACCUGCGCAGCCUCAACGUCUCCUCCGCCAUGGAUAAACAUGGAAAUGUGGUUCAAGACGAUGACGAUGAUGAUGAUGACGACGACGACGAUGCCGCAGAGGGGGAGGACCGUAUGAGGCGUGGUCGAAGAGAGAGCUCGGGUUCGGCGUCGAGUCGACGUAGCAGCAUCGCGGACGACGCAGAGUUUGCUGAGAAAGUCCAUCGUCUCCAGACGGCCAAGCAAAAACUGCAGCAGCUCCGUGAGCUUGUCGCCAUGGUUCAGAGUGAUGACACGGACACCACGGCAGCCAACGAGGAUGAAGGACUGCAGCAGCAGCCUAACAACACCAGAGCGACGGCACCCAAAGCCAAGAGAGAGCUCUCACUCUCUGAUUCAGCCAGGGAGAAGCUGUAUGAGGAGAAGCUGAGGCAGCAGCAGCAGGAGCUGAAGCAGCUCCAUGAGGAGAGACAGAGGCUGAUGGAGAUCCAGGGAAAGAUCCAGGACCUGCAGUGGGCGUGUCCUGAUCUACAGUCAUCCGUGUCGAGUGCAGCGAGUGGUGUGAUGCUGACCAAAAAGAUCCCUGCUGCAGCGUCCACUCCCGCCGCUGUUCCGUCCACAUCGACCAAGAGCAACACGGCCGUGCUCAAACACACCACAGAGCCCGCGCCCGUCACCAUCACCGACAACGAGUUGUGGUCAGAGAUGCGCAGACACCAGGUCCUGCGUGAAGAUCUGAGGCAGAGACGGAAACACCUGGAGAGUCUGAUGGCCGAGCAGCAGAGGAGGAGUGACACGAUCCCUACACAAAGCUUCUCUCAGGAUGACAGGACCAUGGCGACGUGGGGCGGCUCCACACAGUGCCCGCUGGGUGAGGAGGAUGAGAACGACGAAGAUUUCCCUUCUGAGCGCAGCAUGCGGGAAAACGAGGACGAUGAUGAGGACGAGGAAGAGGGAGCAGAGUCGAGCUCCACAGACGAGCCACACUCGUACUCUAACAGGAAACCCUGCAGCAGCGGGAAAAACCGGGACAGCAAAAAGCGCUCGUCUCCACGCUGCUCCAGAUCUCGUCCUCGUCCCACCCCCAGGGGGACAAAGAGGCAGGAGAACCUGCGCUGGGCUGCUGAUCUGUCUGCGUCCGAGAACCCCACACACACCGACACACACUGGCAGGAGCAGACAGCGCAGCUGCAGAGACAGCUAGACUUCAGCACGGCCAUGUGUCAGAUGCUGCUGCAGGACCAGCAGACUCUCUCGUGCAUGCUGCAGUCGAUGUUAACGGUGCCGUAUAACACGCUGACGAAUAACCCGGGCUCACACCAGGUGCCGCUCAUCAUGCACCAGCUCAACCAGUGUUACACACAACUCGCAUGGCAGCAGAACAAUGUCAACAGGUUGAAGCAAACUCUCAACGACCUCCUUCGACAGCAGCAUCAGCAGACGUCGUCCGGGCAACAGCAGCAUCAGAACGUAGCGCAGGGCUCUGUCUCCCCGCCACCGUUCCUGCCCUUUCCCCCGACCAACAUGCUCGGCAUGAACAACUUCUCCUCUCUUGCAGCAGGUUUUAAUUUCUCUCCCAUGUUCCCAUCAGUGGGUUCAGAGAUCCCCCAGGCAUCAGGAGCCCAGGCCAGCCCGGAUCAACAACCCGACCCCAACAUGUCCCUUAAAACCGAGUACAUGAGCUUCCCGCCUCCGCUGCAGAGGACGCCGCUCAACAACUCUCACGCACGCUCUCAGGAUGAUUCUAAAAACUCCUCCUCGCUGAACUCCUCUCUGAACGGGACAUGGUACGGGCCGAGCAGUAAACGUGCACAUUUGGACUCCCAUGAAUCCCUAAGCAGCGUGCCUGACCCUGUCGACCCGUCCACUGUCACCAAGAGCUUCAGACCGGGGUGCAAGGCCUCGGCUCAGGCCAGCCUCGCCUCUAGAGACAAGACACCAAAGAGCCGUCGCAGGAGGGGCAAGAACCAGAACACCGCUGCAGGUUUGGACAGUGACAGUGUAUCAAGUGCCACGGAGCCUAAUCACGAGCGUGAAAAGGCGCGCGAGAGAGAGCGAGCACACUUGGCUCAGCCGAGAGCCCGAGAUUCGGACCAGAGCCUCCUGGACAAGCUUACGCAGGAGAAACUGGACAGCAAAACCAAAAAACACAACGACAUCUCCUCAGCAUAUGCAUGGAGAACCCCGUUUCUCUCUAACCAAAUCGCAUGCACCGAAGCUCCAGAUGGCAGCAGUGACUUCUCCCUGUUCGAGGCUCUGAGGGAGACGAUCUACUCUGAAGUCGCCACACUGAUCUCACAGAACGAGUCUCGUCCUCAUUUCCUCAUCGAGCUCUUCCACGAGCUGCAGCUGCUCAACACCGACUACCUUCGCCAGAGGGCGCUCUACUCACUGCAGGAUAUCGUGACCAGACACCUGACUGAGAAGAGCGUGGCCGAGGAGCCGGGGUCACAGUCUGAACUCACUCCCAGCGGGAGUCUCGUCACUACUGACAAUGACGUAUCGGAGAAGGACGUGAGGGUGAAGGUCAGCUCUAGAAGGACGAGAGCUCUGGAGGGAGACUCGGUGGACAGCGAGAGCCUGUUGUCCACGUCCUCAAACCUGGAGCCAUUUGCCAGCGAUGACCUGGGUAACACAGUGAUUCAUUUAGAUCAAGCUCUGCUGCGAAUGCGGGAGUUUGAGCGUAUGAAGCUAAAGGCUGGGUUCUCUCCCCCUGCUCCUGCUCUUCCUCCGCUUCCUUCUCUUCCUCCUCCUCUCCCUCCACCUCCUCCUCCUCCUCCUGCUGCUGUCUCUACAGCGCCCCCUGUCUCUAAUCCUGAGCUCUCUGCUGUUACCGCUGCUGUUACCGCUGCUGCUGGUGCUGCUGGUGAUGAUCCAGGGCUUAACCAAGGUUGCCCUCAGAUUGACACGCAGCCGCUGGACAGACAGAUCAAAGCCAUUAUGACUGAGGUCAUCCCCUUCCUGAAGGAGCACAUGGGCGAGGUGUGUUCACAGCAGCUCUUGACGUCAGUGAGACGCAUGGUGCUGACGCUGACUCAGCAAAAUGACGACACUCGAGAGUUCAUGCGCUUCUUCCACAAACAGCUCGGGGGUAUCCUGCAGGAGUCCCUGAGUAAGUUUGUGGGCCGCACGCUGCAGGACUGCGGUGAGGAUCUGCUGGUGGAGAUCUCAGAGAUCCUCUUUAACGAGCUCGCCUUCUUCAGGAUAAUGCAGGACCUCGACCAGAGCGCGCACCGCACCAAGAGACACGCGCAGGCCACGCCCACUAAACACCCUCCCCCCACAGAGGGGAAGAAAUCUGAAGGAGAAAAGACCUUCUCGCCAUCGUAUUUUGAUGAAGAUAAAGACCGAGAUGAGACCGAGCAGGCGCGGGCGAGUCUCUGUAUCGAGAGAGAGGGAGAGCGAGAGCGAACGGAAGAGAAACCGAGCAGGGAAGCCUCCGAGGAAGAAGAGGAGGAGGAAGAUGAAGAGGAAGGAGACACACUACCACUGUCUAUAAGCUUGUCUAAAGCGGAGACUCAGGCGUUGAAUAAUUACGGCAGCGGUGAGGAUGAGAACGAUGAUGAUGAGGUCGAGGACUUUGAGGCUGGAUCUGUGGAGGUGCAGACGUCACUACAGGCUUCAGACAACACCGCAGAACACUCACAGUUUAACAGCGUUUCACUGAACGGAGCUGCGCAGGAGACCAAGUCAGAGCAGGAGAGCACAGAAACUACUGAAGUGAAGAGCCCCAAGUCGGAGUCUGUAGAGGUGAUGGAGGAGGAGAAAGACGCUGCGGGCACGGACACAGACACACAAGCUCAAAGAGACACACAGAGCACAGACAAGUCUGUUGUCCCCCUCGCCCCGCCCUCACAGGAGAGUCCUCAUGACUCCAUCACGGCCAGCCCUCAGACUGACUCACCUGUUCUGAUUAACGCAGAUGAUGUCGGUUCUGGAAACGGCAGUCAGAAAUCUGAUGAGGAGGACUUCGUCAAGGUUGAAGAUCUUCCAGUGCAGCUUUCGGUCAUGUGCGAGGAGGAGUUGUGUAAACAGAUCUUAGAGGAACAGAGGAGCAACAAUCUGAGCAGUGAGAUCCUGAACACGAGCGAGGGACCAAGUGGACUAGUGGGCAACGCGCACGCUCUCAAAGAGCCUGAAACGCUCGGAGCCCAGAGUGCCUGAAGCCUGCGGGUUUUAAUCUCCACGUCCUGACACUACAGCAGCGUAUUUAUCUCAUCGUGCUUCAUUUUGUACUGGUGUGACUGUCACUCACAGCAGAUCGGUCAUUACAUCACUCAGCACGACCCUAGUCCACCAGUGCACCCCGAGCCGAGUGAGCGUUUUCUGUUCUGUUUAUUUAUCUGAAGGUAAUCCGACGGUUCGUGUAGAGGAAACACUGUUAAUACUAAGUGGUCUGUUGAACUCUUCUGUUCACUUCUUAAAGCCCAGAAUCACACUGGAAACUUUCAGACAUCAACAUGGUGUUUAUUAUUAUUUUUUUUCUCUUUUAAAAUUGGUUCGAAUGCUUCUCUCUCUCUCUCUCUCUCUCUCUAUCUGAAAUGUCUCCUCUUCGUCCUCCUCCUUAUCCUCUUUAUGCACUUUGCACCCCAAAAACAGAUUGAAGAUCAGAGUAUCAGAAUCAUCUGGUUUAAGGCACUUCUUUAAUUUGAGGUUACCCUCUUACAAAUUCGUUGUUUAGAGAGGAGUCGCGAGCCCUUUCGCUCCCCCUCCACCAGAGGGCGUAUUUCAGCCUUAAUGCAUUAUCUUAAUUAUUUUAUCUCUUUCCCUAUGUUCCCUAUGUUUUUAAUGUUUCCCAAGUUUAAAUGCUUGAAUGCUCGGAUUUAAAUGUUACUAAAGGUUUUAAGGAAACAAAUAAAACAUUAAUUUUUACUUUUGUCC